UUUGUUCUCCUCAACGAUGGGCAUAAGAUGCCACUGAUAGGACUGGGAACAUUCUCUCCUGAUAUGACUAUUAGAGAUAAAGUGAAGGAAGCCACCAAGACUGGCUUGGACAUCGGUUACCGCCAUGUGGAUUCCGCCUAUUUUUACCUGACAGAGGAAAGUAUCGGAAAGGCCUUUCGGGAGAAGUUCUCAGAUGGGGACAUAAAAAGAGAAGAUGUCUUCCACACAACUAAGCUCUGGGGGACUUUCCACCAGCCCCACCUGGUCCGACCGGCUCUAGAAAGAUCCCUUGCGUCCCUCCAGCUGAACUACGUUGACCUAUUUAUCAUCCAUUUUCCUAUAUCUUUACAGCCAGGAGAUGACCUAUUUCCUGUUGAUGAGAAUGGCGUGUCCUUGGUGGAUGAUGUUGACCUUCGCCAAACCUGGGAGGCAAUGGAGCAAUGUAAAGAUGCCGGACUCGUCAAAUCCAUUGGAGUGUCCAACUUCAACCGCCAGCAGCUGGAGAUGAUCUUAAAUAAAGCGGACCUCAAAUAUAAGCCCGUCUGCAAUCAGGUGGAAUGUCACCCAUACCUCACCCAAGAGCCAAUGUUGGAGUUCUGUAAUGCUAAUAAUAUUGUUCUGGCUGCCUACGGGGUCCUGGGAUCCCCCACAGGAACAAAAUGGGUGGAUUCGAAUUGCCCUGCUCUCUUACAAGAUCCUGUCCUGACUUUGAUUGGAGAGAAAUACAAUAAGAGCCCAGCACAGGUGUCUAUCCGAUACAUUAUUCAGAGAGGAUGUGUGCCUAUAGUGAAGAGCUUCAAUCCUGACCACAUGAGGCAGAAUCUCCAGGUUUUUGACUUUCACCUCAGCUCAGAAGACAUGGAUGUCAUUGCUAAGCUAAAUAGAAACAUGCGCUACUGGAAGUUUACAAUCUGGCGCCCAAAAUCGUGGGGCCCUGGGUUCCAAUCCAAGAGCAGCCGUGAGACGUGGACGGGGCUGGGAACCAGACAGACCAAGGGGGCCAGCGCAACCCUGAGACCAGAAUCAUGGCGUACCCUGAUAAGGGAACAUAGAGGGAAGUUAAAUGAUAAGGGUUUGAUGAAAAUAGCUGAAGCCUGGUUUCGUACAGCCAAGGCUCUCCACAAGGAGGGAUGGACAGAGGAAAUAGUUAAACGAAAUGAUGAAAUUAUGUAUGUGUAUAACAAAGCUGAUAAUGUGUCUGAACCACCGCCCUAUGAUAGCGGCGACUGGACAGAAAACUACUCCAAACCACGCCCUUCGUCUAACGCCCCAUCAUCCGUGGCCCCUCCCUCCCAGGUCAUUAUGACGUCUACCGGCCCUGGUGGCUUAACCACGCCCACCCCUUUGACACGCUCCGGUGGUGGCCAUCUUGGUAUACCCAGCCAACUCCCCGGAAGUCCCGCCCCUACUACAUCCGGUGGCGGCCAUCUUGGUAUACCUUUCAUGUCACUUCCUGCCCAGCCCAGUGUACUUCCGCCUCCUUCUGGUGGCGGCCAUUUUGGUGCACCAAGUCAGUCAGCAUCCGGAAGGCCUAUUAAGCCCAUGUACCCAGUCCUCCCGGUGCUGAAUCCCAAUGGCUCCUACCACACUGCGGUGUUCCCUAAUUUACUAAUGGGAGAUGCAUAA